AUGCCUACACCGAACCAUAUAGUUCAAUUAAUUCGUUUAGACAAUUUAUGUAAAGAUUGGUCAAUAAUCCAUGAUCAAUCAUGUAAUUUAUUCUCUUCAUUAGUUAAUAUUUUGACUCAACGUCAAGCAACAUCAAACAUAUUAAAUUCUUCUUCACAUUCAACUUUAUCUAGGCUUACUACUAAUACAGUUAUCACUACAACAAAUAUUUUAGAUCAAAUAUUUCAACCUCAAACUCUUAAUCGU